AUGCUAAAUAAUUUAAGAGUUUUAGAUGGUAUAAAUUGUGUACUGAUCGCCUAUGGGCAAACCGGGUCUGGAAAGAGUUUCACAGUUGGGGGUUUUAGAAAUAACUGGGAACAUAGAGGAAUAAUCCCGCGAUUCUUAUCCGAUAUUUUCGCGGAGAAGACGAAUCGAAGAAAGAUUAAUGACAUACACUAUCGUUUGAGUUUUGUCGAAUUGAAGGGUAAAGACGUAAUCGAUCUCCUCACAACGCGAAAACGCAAGAUUGUCAACAUAAACAAUCACAAUGCCUUCAAGAAUAUAACUAUAGUGAAUGUAGAGAAUGAAGAUGAGACUUUAAGAAAGAUACUCGAAGGAGAAGCUAGGAGAUCGAUUGUGAAGAAUACAAUGUAUCCAGUAUCACAUUUAGGUGCAGUCGUGAUCACUUUUCACGUAUCAAAUGCGAGUCUGAUAAAAUCACAAGCCUUCGUAGCAACAUCCAAAAUACAUAUAGUAGAGAUGGCUGGCACUGGUACGGCAGGAAGCCCAUCGAAUUGUUGGAAAACAGCAACCGAUUUGGGUAUGGCAAAUUUGAUGAGGAUGCAGGUGGAACAAUAUUUUGUGUACCUCAGAAAACAAAGUGCGUGCAUGUAUGCUAUAAUUCGCUCGAAUAAUUUGCUGAAACUAUUGAAAGAUGCAUUCGGCAUCACAUCCGUCAUUCGCUUUGUAUCUCAUGUGCGCAUCGCAAGCGAAGAUCUCGAUGUUACUCUAUCGACCAUGCGAUUAAGCGGUAAAAUUGCCAAACUGAAACCGAUCAAAACGAUACGACACAUUCAGUCGCGAACGGAGUUGAUCGUGCAACAGCUGCGAGAAGAAGUAAAUGAAUUGAAAAAGGAAUUGGAAUUAAAUAAUAUGUUUUUACAUCAAGAAGCAUUGUCGAACAUCUCGAAAUUGAGGAGCGAACAGAUUAAUCGAGACAUUAUGAAUUUUUUGGAAGGUUCCAUUUCGGAAUUAACGCUCUUUAAUGUCACUCAAGCACGCUUGUUGAUAAAGGUCGCCAAACAAUUAUUUGACAAAUUAAUUGUGAAAGAUAUUGAAAUGGAGCAAUUAAAGAAAGCGUACAAAAAUAUGACGAAUGCAUUAACGGAAGUAAACAAUACUAUAGUCGCAUAA